CCUCCCCUUACCCCUUCUCUUCCCUUCUCGGCUGCUCUGCGGCCUCCUCCUCCAGCGAAAGAAAAUAAUAUUUAAAUUAGAGACUAGAAGUAUACAAGACCUCUUUCCCCUCCCUUCUCUCCCCCGAGUCCGAAUUCGAACUGGGGAUCAAAACCCUAGCGGCGCCGGAGCUCCACCGUUUCAUGCCCUGAGAGCCGCGGAGGCGGUGGAGGAGGAGGAGGAGGGGAAGAGCGGGGAUGGCGGAAGAGCUGGGGCAGCAGACGGUGGAGUUCUCCUCCCUGGUCCACCGGGCGGCGGAGGAAUCCUACCUCUCCCUCAAGGAGCUGGUGGAGAGGUCCAAGGCCCCGGAGGAGCGCUCCGACACGGAGAAGAAGAUUGAUCUCCUCAAGUUCAUUGUCAAGACGCGGCAGCGGAUGCUUCGCCUCCAUGUGCUGGCCAAGUGGUGCCAGCAGGUUCCAUUGGUUCAUUACUGCCAACAACUUGCAGCAACACUUUCCAGUCAUGAUACUUGUUUCACCCAGACAGCUGAUUCACUAUUCUACAUGCAUGAAGGAUUGCAGCAAGCUCGUGCUCCUAUAUUUGAUGUUCCAUCUGCUAUUGAAGUCGUCCUCACAGGGGGAUAUCGAAGGUUGCCGAAAUGUAUAGAAGAUUUGGGAAUUCAGAGUACACUUUCCAAGGAUGAGCAAAAGCCUGCUUUAAAGAAGUUGGAUACACUUCUUCGUUCCAAACUUCUCGAGAUCUCACUUCCUAAAGAAAUUUCUGAUGUCACAGUGUCUGAUGGCACUGUUGUUCUUCAUGUGGAUGGAGAGUUUAAGGUUUUUCUUACUGUGGGAUAUCGUGGACAUUUAUCGUUAUGGAGGAUUUUGCAUUUGGAGUUGCUAGUAGGUGAGAAGAAUGGUCCUAUCAAGCUUGAAGAACUGCGGCGAUAUGCUCUUGGGGAUGAUCUAGAGCGCAGAAUGGCUGUUGCUGAAAAUCCCUUCAUGGUUUUGUACACAGUUCUCCAUGAAUUAUGCACUGCCCUUGUUAUGGACACUGUACUGAGGCAAGUGCAUGUACUACGUCAGGGAAGGUGGAGAGAUGCGAUACGCUUUGAACUUAUUUCUGAUGGCAGUGCUGGACAAGGUGGGAAUAAUAGUAUUGUGCAGUUGGCCCAAGAUGGUGAACUUGAUUCAACUGGUUUAAAGAUUCCUGGUCUGAAAAUCUUUUAUUGGUUAGAUUUUGACAAAAUCACUGGAGGAUCUGAUACUGGUUCGACCCCAUUUAUCAAAAUUGAGCCAGGGCAAGAUUUGCAGAUUAAGUGUCAGCAUAGUUCUUUUGUCUUGGAUCCACUUACUGACAGGGAAGCCAAAUUUUCGCUCAAUCAAAGUUGCAUUGAUGUUGAGAAACUUCUGCUAAGAGCUAUUGCCUGUAACAGACACACACAUCUACUUGAAAUUCAGAGGGAAUUGUGUAAAAGUGUUCAAAUUUUUCGAGGUUCAGGUGAUGUUAUCCUUAAGCAUGAAGGAGCUGAAUUGGAGACAGAGUUGCGAAAGAGAGACAAUAAACACAGUAUUGAGGAUUAUUGUGGGGAUGAAGUACUACGAGUGCGAGCAUAUGGUGCAUCAUACAUUACUCUUGGAAUAAAUAUCAGAUCUUCCAAGGUGCGGUGGUUGGCAACAAGGAAACAAGACUCGUGGCAAGGCAGUCGAGCAAUGAGAAUGGGAAACAAAGAGAAUGGUCGUUUCCUUCUGCAAUCUUCUAAGAAUGUUCUUGCACCAUCUGCACUAUUAGAUGGUGAAGAAUCUCUAAACCAAGGAAUUGUUACUGCAACUGAAGUAUUUAUGAGCUUAAGAAGCAAAAGUAUUCUUCACUUAUUUGCAUCAACUGGAAAGUUUUUGGGCCUGAAGGUAUAUGAUCAGUCUUCAACUAAUAUAAAGAUACCAAAGUCCAUAUUGCAUGGUUUGGAUUUAUUGCUAAUGGGAUUUCCUCAAUUUGGGAAUUCAUAUUAUUUGCUGAUGGAGCUUGACAAAGAUAUCAAACCAGUUUUCAAUUUGCUAGAAACACAGACCGAUGCAGGUGGAAAGUCCCAUUCGAAUAGUGAUGCUAAUGAAGUUAUACGUUUUAAUAAAAUUGACAUUUCUCAGAUGCGAAUGGUUGAAGAUGAACUGAAUAUGAGCCUCUUUGAUUGGGACAAGCUACAUGCUUUACCAAGUAUGGGGGCUUGCAAUCAGAUUUCUGAACAUGAUCUUCUUCCUGAGUUUGGAUUGGAACCUGGUCUGCAGCUUCCUGCAUGUUCACAGUCAAGUUUUUCAUCUGUUGUCGAUGAAGUGUUUGAGUUUGAUAAAGCUACAUCAGGUCCUCCUUUUCCAAUUAUGUCUCACCUCUCUGCAUCUUACAAUAUGUCCCCUUUGUCCCACCUAGGCCCUCUUCCAACUAGUCAUCAAGGAAUAAAGGCUGGAGUUAGCUCACCUAAGUGGGAAGGAGGAUUACAACAAUCUCAAAUCAAUAAUAUUGCAAAGGUUUCUGCUGGUCUUACAAGUUCAAGCAAUUCAAUCUUUUUCUCAAACAAUUUGAAGGGCUUAAUUCAUAACAGCACUACAAAUUCCCUUUCCUCUUCAAGCCCAGCAAGGAACUCAUCUAUUCAAAAAUUAUCAGCUUCAAAAUCUGAUCAGGACUUGAGCUGUCUGAAGUCUCCACGUUCUGGCGAGGUUGGCCAAUAUUCGUCUAUGGAUGAGGAUCAAACAAGAUUGGUGAAUGAAUCUCCAAAAGAGCUUGGUAUGGUUGAUGGAAGUCGAUCAUCUCAGCUUUUGCCUCCACUGCGAACGACCGGUCCUCGUCUCUUAGUACAAUCUACUAGUUCAAAUAACUUCAAAAGCUCGUCAACUGGUCAUUUGGUUGGAUCUGUAAAAGAUAACCGAUAUAGCUCAUCGAUGGUUGCAUACACAUGCCAAACAGCAGAACCUGACAUUUCCUCUACCUCAGGCUAUUAUGAUGGAAUCAAUAAACAUAAGAGAAAAUCAACAAAGCGUUCUCUUUCAGACUUUCUCACUCUAAUUCCAUCGUUUCAAAGGUUAAAAUCUAGCACCAAACAGUGUAAAAGAAGGAAAAUUUCAGAAUCAGUUCACUGUCAUCCUACUGCUUCACAUGCACUCUCAUCAGUAAGGACAUGCAGAUCCAGCGGGUAUAUGUAUGGAAAUCUGCUUGCUGAACCAAAUCAUGGCAUUACCCCUUCAAACAUAUAUGUUUCAGUCCUCCUUCAUGUUGUCAGGCAUUAUUCACUCUGUAUUAAGCAUGCUCAACUAACCAGUCAGAUGGAUGCCCUUGACAUUCCUUAUGUUGAAGAAGUGGGUCUACGAACUCCAUCCUCAAACUUGUGGUUGCGAGUACCAUUUGCUAAGAAUGAUUCAUGGCAGCACAUAUGCCUUCAUCUUGGCAAACCUGGAAGUAUGUGCUGGGAUGUUAAAAUCAAUGACCCGCAUUUCAGGGAAUUAUGGGAACUUCAUAAAGGGAGUACUAGUACACUAUGGGGCGCUAGUGUACGAAUUGCCAAUACAUCCGAGGUUGAUUCCCACAUCCAUUAUGAUCCAGAAGGUGUUGUCUUGAGUUAUAGGACUAUUGAAGCUGAUAGUAUUCAGAGGCUUGUAUCGGACUUACGAAGGCUUUCUAAUGCACGGUUAUUUGCUUGUGGGAUGCGAAAAUUAAUUGGUGUAAAGGAUAAUGAUAAGCUAGAUGAUAGCAAUACAAAUUCUGAGACGAAGUUGCAAUCUGUAACCAAAAGAACUGGUGAGGCUGCUGAUAAGUUAUCCGAACAGAUGAGAAAAACUUUCAAGAUUGAAGCAGUUGGUCUCAUGAGUUUGUGGUUUAGUUAUGUCUCAAUGCCUGUGAUUGUACACUUUGUUGUUGAAUGGGAAGCUGGUAAGGAAGGCUGUAGAAUGCAUGUUUCUCCUGAUCAACUUUGGCCACAUACGAAGUUUUUGGAGGAUUUUGUCAAUGGGGCUGAGGUUGCAUCCUUCUUGGAUUGCAUCCGGCUUACUGCAGGACCUCUUCUUGCUCUUGGUGGUGCAAUACGCCCUGCACGAAUGCCUAUGCCUGUUCCUCCAAACCAUUCUCCAUUACCUAAGCAGAACAAUUUUGUCCCAUCUCAGGGACUUCUGCCAAACACUUUGUCAUCAAAUGUUAUCCAACCUGCAUCUUCUACCCCUGCACCAACUGCUGUUAUGGCCCAACUGGGCAGUCACAAUCUUCAUAGUGCUGCAAUGUUAUCUGCUGCAGGAAGAGGUGGACCAGGACUUGUUCCUAGCUCUUUGUUGCCUUUUGAUGUUUCUGUUGUGCUACGGGGUCCGUAUUGGAUACGCAUCAUAUAUCGUAAGAAAUUUGCUGUGGAUAUGCGGUGCUUUGCUGGAGAUCAGGUUUGGCUACAGCCUGCAACACCUCCUAAAGGGGGACCAGCUGCUGGAGGAUCAUUGCCAUGUCCACAAUUUCGACCUUUCAUUAUGGAACAUGUUGCACAGGGUCUGAAUGCUCUAGAGCCCAGUUUUUCUGGUGUGGCACAUUCAGGUGGGCAUUUGAGUUCAAGCAAUAGUAACCCGGGUUCAGGUAGUCAAACACCGGCACCUAACGCCACCCGCCUUAAUGUUAGUGCUAGCAGUGGAAUGGCUAGAACUCCUGUAGUUGGAAGCCAGGUAGCUGGUAGCUUAAGCCGAGUCAGCAAUGCAAUCUUAGCUUCUUCAGGUCUGGCUUCAGGGAUCUCUGGGGUACCUUUGCGUAUUUCUCCAGGUACUGGUUUCCCGGUGCAUGUGAAAGGGGAAUUAAAUACGGCUUUUAUUGGGCUUGGGGAUGAUGGAGGUUAUGGAGGUGGUUGGGUUCCCCUUGCAGCUCUUAAAAAGGUGUUAAGAGGCAUCCUGAAAUAUCUUGGUGUGUUAUGGUUGUUUGCACAGUUGCCUGAUUUAUUAAAAGAGAUUCUAGGUUCGAUUUUAAAGGAGAAUGAAGGGGCACUUCUAAAUUUGGAUCAGGAGCAACCGGCAUUGCGGUUUUUUGUGGGGGGCUAUGUUUUUGCUGUGAGUGUUCACCGCGUCCAACUUCUUUUACAAGUUUUGAGUGUCAAACGAUUCCACCAUCAGCAGCAGCAGCAGCAAACCCAAACCAACACUCAAGAAGAACUAGCCCCUAAUGAAAUUAAUGAGAUUUGUGAUUACUUCAGCAGGCGUGUCGCCUCCGAGCCCUAUGAUGCAUCUAGGGUUGCAUCUUUUAUCACCCUUCUUACCCUACCUGUUUCAGUCCUCAGAGAAUUCUUAAAGUUAAUAUAUUGGAAAAAAGGAUUGUCUCAAGCACAUGGUGGAGACAUAGCUACUGCACAGAGGGCCCGCAUUGAGUUGUGCUUGGAGAAUCAUUCAGGCUCAGUUUUGGACGAGAACUCUGAGAGCAAUACUGCAUCAAAAAGUAAUAUUCAUCAUGACCGAGCCCAUAAUUCAGUAGAAUUUGCUCUCACCUUUGUCCUUGACCCUGCGCACAUACCCCACAUGAAUGCUGCUGGUGGAGCUGCAUGGCUACCUUACUGUGUGUCUGUGCGCCUAAAAUAUUCAUUUGGGGAAAAUACUUAUAUCUCUUUUCUUGGAAUGGAUGGGAGCCAUGGUGGCAGAGCUUGUUGGUUGCGGUUUGAAGACUGGGAAAAGUGCAAGCAGAGAGUGGCAAGAACAGAGGAAUAUGCAAAUGGGAAUUCUGCGGGCGAUGUCAGUCAGGGGAGGUUGAGGUUGGUUGCUGAGACAGUGCAGAGGAAAUUGGAUGUGUCGCUGCAACAGCUAAGAGAUGGUGCUCUCUCCUCAGGCUCAACUGCAUCUUAAUUCAUCACAUCUUAGGUAUCAAAAUGGAAAAUAUACAGUUUGAUGUAUUGUACUUGUGCAGCAUGAAUGAACAGCUACUGUUAUUUGAAGUUUGAUGUCACAUGCUGGAGUCGCUAAAAAUUCAAUCAUUCCUUUGCAGUCGUGACUUCAAACGUUGACAGCGGGACAGAAGCUCGCAGAUUUCUUGCCAACUCUAUAUGAGCCCGUGAAUAAACAUAUGUUUUGGGUUCGUCAUUUGUUCGGUGGUUAGAGCUGGUGGAAGGGAAAUCUUGGAUUCUCAUGGCAAGGCUAGGCAGUGAGCACUUGAUUCAUGGAUGAGGAAGGUGAGGGAUCUCUGUAAAAAUUCUGGUUGGGGGGUAUAAUCUUGUACAGUUAACAGAGGAUGAAGCAUAUUUAUAACUUAUGCGAAGCUGUAAAACCUCAUUAUAUGCAUAUCGCCCUGUACUUAAAUUAGGAUAUUCCAUAGUUUGCAGCAAGUCUAGCUUUACCAUUAAGUUUGCAGCAAGGAUAGCAGCACCAUUAAGUUUAUCGAUUUGAAUUUAAAUAGAAUAAUAGGAUUUUCAGUGAA